GGCCUGAACACCAAGUCGGGGAUUGGAUUUCCGACACCAGCGCGUCAGCCCGAUCGCAACAGUACCAAACACCGCCACUUAACCAUUCCAUGCAUUUUCCUGGCUUUCUCCCCAAGCCACAAAUAUGAUUUUCAUAUGCAAAUGCAGCGCACAGAAUGGCCUACAAGAAGGGAGUAUGUUCAUAUCUCUGCAACUCAGAUUUUAUGAGAGAUGAAACAUACUUCUUUGAUGUGAAUAUUAUCUAUAGAGCUUUCCACACCAGGCAGACAGUCUGUCUGCUG